UGUUACCAUCGCUUCCUCGAGUGUGUCUCCCCAGCCCCUUUGUGGGCCUUCUAUUCUUCCGUGAACAACCUGCAUAGAGAGCGUGAAGGGGCGGGAGGUUCUGGAACUCACUACGCCUGCGCGUGGGCGAAGCCCGUUGCCCGGGCGACCGAGUGGGCGGGGUAUGUAAACAACCUCUCAGCCAGGGGUCCCGGGCGAUCCGAGCGAGGCUGCGGCGGCGGGAUGGGUCCUAAAAAGAAAAAGUCCGCUGGCAGCGGUGGUAAAAAAAAGAAACUUAGCAAAGCUGAGCGGCUCAGGUUGCAAAAAGAGGAGGACGAGAGAAGAAUGAUUGAGGAAGAGGAAGCCCGAUUACGAGCUGAACUAGAAGAAGCUGCCAGGAUUGAAAAGGAAAGGAUUGAAAGAGAGAAGACGGAACUACUGGAGGCUAAAGAUCAAGAUCGCCGAGGGCUUGAACUUGUGGAGCUUGAGGUGCUCGAAGAAAACUUUUUGACUGCAGCUCAGUGGAAGGAGAAAUUUAGAGCCUCUGCUAAGUGGGAGCACUACACAGGCUGUGAUGGGAGUCCAGACCCAACAAUCCCCCAAGAAAUCAACACUUUCAUGAGCUUGUGGAAAGAAGAGAAAGAUACCGAUAUUAAACAUGUGGUUGAGAAAGGCAACAAAGUGCUGGAAUUGAUCGAGAGGUUAGAGUUUUAUAUCCUGGACACCCCUUUCCAUGAGCUGAGUGCAAGUGAUGUGGAGCAAUACCAGGACACCAUUCUGCACCUGCAGACUCUUCUCCACCAGAAAUAUGAUGAGGCAACAGAACAACUGCUGAAGCAAGCUAGUAGUUAUGCCGAAUCCGAAAGUGGAAACAUGGAGGUCGUCAUCAAAGAGGCUGGCAUCACGUUGUGCAUUUGGGCAAAUCUCAAGAAGAACCCGAGGUUCAGAAGUCAAACCUUUUAUAACGAAGAUAAGGAGCCAUGCAAUGGGUUUGAGAUCCCCAAACAACUAGCCGUUUGCGACAUUGCGGUGCGCAUCCUGCACACCCACUAUGACCAUAUAUCCCCCUUACGGGCUUUCCCGAAAGAGCUGCCAGACCUGGACAUUCCAGUGCCUGUACGGGCAGUGCCUGAGAUCACUGUGCAAGAGACAGAAGAAAGGGCUCGAAAGACCUCAGAAAUAAGUUGUUUGGAAAACGUCGUUGGGCACACCUUAAGGGAACCACAGAGUCAUAUAAGCACUCCUUCUUUGCAAGGGACCAAAAGCUCCACCCUCAAGCUGGAAAGCUCCAGAGACUCUUUCGACAGGAAAUCUGCAAUCAUCCGUUCCAUUUCUAGAGCUCGAGUUUCCUCACUGCGGAGCGUGGAAGAAGAAGAGGAUCUGCAGGACUACAUGGUGGAUUUGAACCAGUUCAUGACAGUGGGCGGCGUGUACCAUUUUGAUGUGCUGAAGCUCCCGCCUCAAGCCAAAAAUGUCAAAGGAUGGAACAUGGUGGAAGUGCUGGAUACAGGGUUGGAAAUCUGUCCCUAUGAAGCCACAUUAGAAGAAUGUGAGGAGCCCUCUCUUGUGACUGUAAGACUGACUGUACAGCUUCUUAAGAGUGUGAUCUAUUUCGAAGAACCUCUGAUUGCAAGAUGGGAUACCCAAGGCCAGUGCUGGCGAACGGACGAUAUCGGGGAGGUGGUCUACAACAUGAAAGAGAAGGAAAUCUCUUUCAGGAUGAACGGCUUCUUCACGGUGUCGCUGCUCCAGGACGCCCACCUCAACAUGCCCUACCAGUCGUGGGAACUCCAGCCACAUGGCACCGAUCAGGCCGUUUUCAGCAUCCUGACCACCUUUGCUGAAGUGCAGAUUGAGAUCAAGGUCAACCAGUGCAUGUUAGCCUCGAUCACCACCGUGGAAGAGACUGGUCUGCUCUCAGAGUUGAAAGGGAGAUGGAUGAGUCCUCUAGCCCUCACAGAAGCUUUGAAGCGGGCCGGAAUGAACAUUUUCCCAGCCGAGUACUCUCCAAAGUACGUCAGCAUUAACAAGAAAAUACUUGCGGCAGAAAUGACCACUUACCAGCAAAUGGCACUUCUUGCGUCUGGCUUUGCUUUCAGCUGGAGCAAAUGGAAUGCCUUCUGUGGAGAGGAUCAAGUGGUCUUUAAGGCCUGUGAACACCUGGAAGAAACAGAAAUUCACGAGGACAGCUGGGCCCUUUACAUGUUCAAUGGCCAGAGAGCUCAGAGACUCCAGAUUAAAGAGGAGAGUGAUGCCUUCUCCAAGAAUAUCGCAGAAGACACAGAAUUCCACUCCACGCUGUACCACCUGAUCAAAGACGCUGCGGGAGAUGCAGCCAUGGCAAAAGUGCUGCAAACCCACUUCCUGUUCAUCGACACGGUGUACCAGCUGCUCCUUGCUACCAGGGUGCUAACGUACGCUUAAAGAAACUGUCAUAUCAUAUGCUACUUAAGAACUUUAUUGAGUUAGAAAACACUCCGUCAAUAAAAUAAGAGGUUGAAGUCUGCAGUUUUUAAAAAUAAAUACCUUACUCUUUAAACCAUUUCUAGAGAGAAGCUAUAUUCACUCCCAAACAAGCUUUUUCACAUGGUUUCCAAAACCUUUACAUUUUUUAGCAGGAAGGAAGGACACUAAAAAAAGAAAAAAGAAGUCAUUCAGAGGAGAGACCUGCUGUGCCGAAAAGCAUGGAAUCACAUUUUCUUUAAUUCUAGUAACGCAGCUUAAAUAAUAGAAUCUCCAGAAGUGUUAAGAUGCCAUACUCCAAAGUUGUUUGUUUUGGCACACAGGACUUUCAUGCCAUUAAAAAAACAAACAAACCCUCGAUCAAUUCUUUUGCACCCGCCUGCGUCAAGAACCCCCCCCAACUAGUUUCCCAGCAAAGCAUCCAGAACACCCUUUCAGAACCCCACCAGGGAAUUAUACAGGUGGUGGACCCUGGUGCCGGAGACCUGUAUAUGGCCACAGCAGCUGCUGUAUUGAAGUCCAAGCGUCCCCAGUCCCAACAGGAGCCGCCUCUGCAGGUCUUUGGAAUGACAAGCCCACGAUGAGAGUUGAAAGAACAGCAAAGAACAGAGCAGUGAUAGCAGAAACACAGAGAGCCUUGUGAGUGCCGCAGAAGGAGGUUCUCAGAGACGAAGCCCAAGAACAAACUCGGGUACACCUGUGGAAAGAGAGGCAUUGUAAGAAGCGGGAUGCUUGCAAGGACAGCACCACAGUUUGACUGGUAAUUCAGAUGCCAACAUGAUUCGCAAUUGAGACACUAAUAGCCACUUGCUAUGCAAUUAUGUACUGCAGAAAUCCAAAACUUUCCCCACCAGAAUUAUGAUAGCCAUGCAACCAGAACCGACUUAAAAUACAUUUCUAAAAUUUU